GAGAAAACUGCUGUCUGAUGCUGCCACAGGGAACAGGAGCAGCAUCAACAACGCUGUCCCUAGGAACUGGAAGGCGUCUGUGGAGCGGGCCCCUCUCAAGCAUCCUGGCACCGCUUCGUGUUCUGGCCCCAACUGGAGCUUCAGUUCUGACAGAAACUCGCCCAAACCCCCAAACCUCCACUCUCCACCUUCCGGGACUGUUAAUUCAAGCGGUUUUUGUAGCAAAAAAAAUCAGACGUUUGAUAGCUUGGAUUCCUCUUGCUCUUCAAAGCGAAGUGUUGAGGAGAUCGCCCGCCCCAAAACUGCGGCACUGCCUUCUCCCAGGGUGAACGGCGGAGCGGGAGCUUCCCCGCGGCUCUGUGCUGAGGCGUCCUUCAGCAGCGGCUGGCGUGGAGCAGCAGGGGAGAGGCCUCUCACCAGCACGGCCCUGCGAGGUGGGAGCAGAGCUGCUGCUGACUUCCCUGCAGGACACAGCCUGGGUGUGAACGACACAGACCUGGACCUUGAUCAUUUUGAUCUCGAUGAUUUCGAUGAGGACUGGGACAACCCAGUGGCUGUUUCAGCACCCGAGGCGCCGUCGUAUCGCCCCAUCAGGGAAGGGCUGCCUGCCUUAUCGCUGCUGUCCAAGAUCGUGUCCAGAGCCAAAGGAUCUGCUGUCGUACCAAAUCCUGCUGCUCCGAAAUCAGGCUUCCCGAUGGCAACAAAGAACCGCUCAGAGCCGCCGGUUAACAACCCUGCGCUGGAGCGCUUCAGGGGUAUGAAAUUCUCCCAUUCUGAAGAGAUGACGAAUGUGUUUCACAAGAAGUUUGGCCUGCACUACUUCCGGACCAACCAGCUGGAGGCCAUCAACGCCGCUCUCCUGGGCGAAGACUGCUUCGUCUUGAUGCCCACUGGAGGUGGCAAGAGCUUGUGCUACCAGUUACCAGCGUGUGUCUCUGCUGGGGUCACCAUCGUCAUCUCUCCGCUGAGGUCGCUGAUCAUCGAUCAGGUUCAGAAGCUGAAGACUCUGGAUAUUGCUGCAACCUAUCUGACUGGUGACAGAACCGAUUCUGAUGCUUCAAAAAUCUACAUGCAACUGUCAAAAAAAGAUCCCGUCAUAAAGCUCCUGUAUGUUACCCCCGAGAAGGUCUGUGCAAGCGGCCGACUGGUGUCAGCCCUGGAAAACCUCUACGACAGGAAACUGCUGGCGCGUUUCGUCAUUGAUGAGGCUCACUGCGUCAGCCAGUGGGGCCACGACUUCCGCCCAGACUACAAGCGACUGAACAUGCUCCGCAAGAAGUUUCACUCGGUUCCCAUGAUGGCCCUCACUGCCACUGCCACCCCCCGCGUGCAGAAGGACAUUCAGAACCAGCUGGAGAUGCUGAAGCCGCAGGUGUUUACAAUGAGCUUCAACAGGCAUAACCUGAAAUAUGAUGUGCUGCCCAAGAAGCCAAAGAAGGUGGCCAUGGAUUGCUUGGAGUGGAUUAAAAAAUACCAUCCCCAUGACUCUGGGAUCAUUUAUUGCCUUUCACGCCACGAAUGUGACACGACAGCAGCUAUUCUGCAGAAGGAAGGACUUGCUGCGCUCGCCUAUCACGCUGGCCUCACCGACUCCAACAGAGAUCUCGUACAAAAGAAGUGGGUUAAUCAGGAAGGAUGCCAGGUUAUAUGUGCAACAAUUGCCUUUGGCAUGGGGAUCGAUAAACCCGAUGUGCGCUACGUUAUCCACGCCUCCCUCCCUAAAUCAAUUGAGGGGUACUACCAGGAAUCGGGCAGAGCUGGGCGAGACGGCGAGAUGUCUCACUGCCUGCUCUUCUACAGCUACAGCGACGUCACCAGGCUGCGCAGGCUGAUACUGAUGGAGAAAGAUGGCAACAGCCACACAAGGCAGACGCACUUCAACAACCUGUACAGCAUGGUUCAUUACUGCGAGAACGUCGUCGACUGCCGGAGAAUUCAGCUUCUGGCCUACUUCGGGGAGACCAAUUUUAAUCCCACCUUCUGCAAAGAUCACCCAGAAGUCAUCUGCGAUAACUGCAGUAGAAACAAGGAUUACAAAUCAAGAAACGUAACGGAUGAAGUGAAGGGCAUCGUGAGAUUCGUACGAGAGCACUGUGGACAGAGGGGACGAGGGAACGCAAAGACAAAUGGGGGUUCUGGGAGGUACACGUUGAACAUGAUGGUGGACAUCUUCCUAGGUACGAAGAGCGCCAAGAUCCAGUCUGGAAUCUUUGGGAAGGGAGCUGCCUACUCGAGGCACAACGUGGAAAGGCUGUUCAGAAAGCUGGUGUUGGACAAGAUUCUGGAUGAAGAUCUGUACAUCACUGCUAACGACCAAGCAGUGGCAUACGUCAUCCUGGGAGAGAAAGCUCAGGCUGUGCUCGAUGGAUCGCUACAGGUGGAGUUCCACGAAACGGAAAGCGCCAGCUCCAUCAGAAAGCAAAGGGCUUCCGUGGCAAAGAUGUCACAGCGGGAAGAGAUGGUGAAGAAGUGCCUGGGGGAGCUUACGGACACGUGCAAAAUGCUGGGGAAAGUCUUUGAUGUGCAUUACUUCAACAUUUUCAGUACCUCCACUCUGAAGAAAAUAGCAGAAACCUUGUCGUCUGACGCCGAGGUUUUGCUGCAGAUUGAUGGUGUCACGGAGGACAAACUGGAAAAAUACGGCGCAGAGAUCAUUAAAGUGAUGGAUAAGUACUCGGAGUGGACCACACCAGAGGAUGCUGCCUGCCAAAGCGCGGACACGGCUGUGGGAAGCAAUGGCACACCCGAGAGCGAGGAGGAAGCAGAGGAUGCAGUUACGACCUCAAGCUAUUUUGGCAAUAACCAAAACCAAAGGAGGAAAAGGAAAAGGCCGCCAAACGCCAGAGAAGCCAAGAGGAAAAAGACGAGUUUCGGUGGCAGCCAGCAGUUUCAUCCCAAAGGGUACGUUUACAGGCGCCCCAGGAGGCCGGGGAGCACCAAGGCUCCAUCCUCAGCUGCCUGCAGGUCGGCAUCCAGCGGCCUUGGUGCCACCCAAGGGGCUGCUGCGCGCCUGGGGAUCAUGGCACCGCCCAAACCCAAAAACAGGCACUUCCUUCAGCCGUCCUAUUCCGUACUGUAA